AUGUCUAGAAGAAAACAAGCAAAGCCGCGAUCUCUUAAGCCGGAAGACGAGGAGGAGUGGGUUGAGGGAGAUCGCUCCGAAGGUAUAGAAGAUACCAACGUAAAUAAUUCUAGCAGUGAUAAUGAAGAAACUCAUGAAGAAACAAUGGAAGACAAGCACGAAAUAGCUGAAGAGAAUAUAGAAGAGAAAGAAGAUGGCGACGACACCGCAAGUCUCAAAAAGUCCAUUGACCAAUUUGAACCUGAAGAUGUGGCUGGGUGUGCUGCGGCAAUGGCUGCCUCGCGGCGCGUCUCGCCGCCCGUCGCGCUGCUUUACGACCAUGUCCCCGCUUAUCUUCAACCAUUUGCGAUAAAUCUCCACCAAACUCCUUGGACCUCAAAUAUUUACAUGCUAAUUCGUAGUCAAUUC